AUGUCGCUGGUUACAGAAUGGAUUAUUUACCUUUGCGAAAGCUUCCUAAUAAUUAUCUUCAAUCUACCACUGGUCUUCGGUAUAUUGUUGAGAAAAUCCAAUAGAGAGCGCCGCGAAUUUGUGAUCAUAGCUGGCAUGGCACUGGGCGACACACUGUAUGCUCUUGGAUUCUUCUUGGGUGCAACGAGACGCUUGGAAAUGUCCGCAGUUGCUGACACCACCGUAACAAGGCUGGAGUGUGUAACUCAGUUGUCGACUAUUUCAUUCUUCUUCGGAGUAUCUCUGAUUGGUCAGAUGAACGUGGUAGUUGCUAUUGAUCGAUUUCUCGCUACGGUAUUCCCAAUAUGGUACUUUCAAACUACAGUUCGAUAUGCCGUAGUUGUACUUUCAGAGGUUCAAGACUACUUCACGCUCAUUUGCCCCGUCAAUGAGUAA